AGUGUGGAGGUUUUAUUCUGAGAAAUAGAUAUAAAAUAGAUCCGCUAUAUAAAGCCCCAACUUUCAUUUUUAGCGAUUAGGGUUUUGCUUUGCGGUGCUGUUGCGUGUUGCUGCUCCUACUCUCUCCAAAUCCUCCGACCUCCGCACACAAGAACAAAGCCAUGGGGAAGACACGUGGAAUGGGAGCUGCCCGCAAGUUGAAGUCUCACCGCAGGAGGCAAAGGUGGGCUGACAAGUCAUACAAGAAGUCUCAUCUUGGAAAUGAAUGGAAGAAACCUUUUGCUGGGUCAUCUCACGCAAAGGGAAUUGUCCUUGAAAAGAUUGGUAUUGAGGCUAAACAGCCCAACUCUGCUAUUCGUAAGUGUGCUAGGGUUCAACUCAUCAAGAAUGGAAAAAAGAUUGCUGCAUUCGUCCCCAAUGAUGGUUGCUUAAACUACAUCGAAGAAAAUGAUGAAGUUUUGAUUGCUGGAUUUGGAAGGAAAGGUCACGCCGUUGGUGAUAUUCCUGGAGUUAGGUUCAAGGUUGUGAAGGUCUCUGGUGUAUCUCUUCUUGCUCUUUUCAAGGAGAAGAAGGAGAAGCCAAGGUCUUAAAUUUGUUAAACACCUUAGUGUUUUCUAUAGUUUCCCUUAAGUUUGAUGAAUUUUGUUUUGAGGUGAACUGGUUUUACAGACAGUUUUUGUAUCUCUUUCUGGUAAUUUUGCUGGAUAUUAUUUUUGACUAUUAGCAACAUUUAUUAUCUUGCGA